UUUCGAUCAGCAAAAUGUGAGAGCAAAUCAAUUUCAAUCUCUCUCAUCACACCCCCUUUAAUUUAGGGCUCCUAACUCUAAUUCUAGUGUUAUUUUGCUCUUCUUCUUCUUUUAAUUGUUAGCGGCGGCAUUUACUUCAGCUGAGUGAUCAAAUGGAGCCUCCCUUGCCGUUUUUGCCUACAAAUUGUGGAAGCUCAAACGAGUUUAAUUCUAUGACUUGUAAAAGGAAGAAAAUGUCAACUGAUUCAAAAGAAUAUGAUAGCGUGUCUGCAACUGGAAAUCCUUUGGAUGGAACUGAAAAGAAAAAACAUAAGGUCUCUCCAAAUGUUAUUGAUUAUGCCGACCCAUUUGCAUAUACUAAUAUGCUUGAGUCCCUUAACACUGGCGGUAAAUAUGGAAGUGUCACAAAAGAUAUAGAAGCCCUUUUUUCUAGGAAUGCGGAUAUGAUGAGCAAGAUACUUGCUUCGCAACCUUGUCUUUCGAGUGUGUUACCAGAUGUGAUAAAAAGAAGCCCGAGGAAAGAGACUUCAAACGUGCCGAGUAGGCUACUUCCUCAUUUGUCAAGGAACUUCAUCAACUUGGAGGAUGAGUCAGUCGGAAAUGGUAUCAAAACGGCCAUGUUGCCUGUACUGGUUCUGGAUUCAGAUGAUGAAGUCAACAAAAAUCCAAGGCCUCUGCAUCUUUUUCAGGAAAUUGUAUUGAACAAGCCAUCUGAGAAGUUACUCUCCAAGGAGAAAACGGAAAUUGUAUCGAAGCCAUCUGAGGAAUUACUCUUCAAGGAGAAAAUGGAAAUUGAAUCGAGGAAGCCAUCUGAGAAAUUACUCCACAAGGAGAAAAUGGAAACUGUAUCGAGGAAGAAGCCAUCUGGGAAAUUACUCUACAAGGAGAAAAUGGAAACUGUAUCGAGGAAGAAGCCAUAUGAGAAAUUACUCCCCAAGGAGAAAAUGGAAACUAUAUCAAGGAAGCCAUCUGAGAAAUUACUCCCAAAGGAAAAAAUGGUUGGGGAGUCCAAGAGUAAAAAAACUGACCUGAAAGAAAAUGUUAGUCUAACCAGUGAAACUGAUCUCAAGGAUGAAGGUGUUUAUGUUGGAGUCGAAGAAGAUGUAGAUACUCUAACUGAGAACGUAGAUGAUGGUUUGGGAGAUAUUUGGCAGGAGAUGUCAAUGGCAUUAGAGUUUUCCAAGGAUGGUCUUGAGGAACUUCCAGGUGAAAACAUGUCAGAAGAUGAGGACUGUGACCAUUCUUUUGUCUUGAAGGAUGAUCUUGGUUAUGUGUGUCGCAUAUGUGGUGUUAUUGAGAGAGGAAUUGAGACUAUAAUUGAGAUCCAGUAUAACAAGGUAAAAAAAAGUACACGCACAUAUGCAGUAGAGCCACGGAAUGGCAUAGAGUCGUCUGAGACUGUUGGAUUUAAGUUGUCUGAAGAUCAUUUAACAGUAACGGACAUAGCUGCUCAUCCAAGGCAUAUGAAGCAAAUGAAACCUCACCAAUUAGAGGGUUUUAAUUUUCUACUGAACAAUUUGGUAACAGAUAACCCUGGCGGCUGCAUCUUGGCUCAUGCACCUGGAUCAGGAAAGACGUUUAUGAUAAUCAGCUUCAUGCAAAGUUUCCUAGCCAAAUAUCCACAUGCUAAACCGCUAGUCGUUCUUCCAAAAGGUAUCUUGGCUACAUGGAAAAAGGAGUUCCAGACAUGGCAAGUAGAGGAUAUUCAACUACUCGAUUUUUAUACUGUGAAAGCUGAUAAUAGAUCUCAGCAGUUGGACGUGUUGAAGCAGUGGGUUGAGAGAAAGAGUAUCCUUUUUCUGGGGUACAAGCAGUUCUCUACCAUAAUUUGUGACAGUGGAAACGGAAAGACUUCUAUUACUUGCCAAGAGAUACUGCUCAAAGCACCUUCAAUUCUAAUUUUGGAUGAAGGGCACACACCAAGAAAUGAAAACACCGAUGUGUUACAAUCCCUUGCAAAAGUUCAAACAACUCGGAAAGUUGUACUUUCAGGAACUCUCUAUCAAAAUCAUGUCAAGGAGGUAUUUAACAUAUUGAACCUUGUUCGACCAAAGUUCCUUAGGUCAGACACAUCGAAAUCAAUAAUUAAGCGGGUAAUGAGUAAGGUGCAUAUAUCUGGAGUGAGAAAGCAGUUCAAAGGUGGAGCAGAGGCAGCUUUCUAUGAUUUGGUGGAGCACACAUUGCAGAAGGAUGAAAACUUUGAGAGGAAAGUCUCAGUCAUACAUGAUCUACGUGAGAUGACCAGCAGAGUUCUUCAUUACUACAAAGGAGAUUUUCUGGAUGAGCUUCCUGGACUUGUUGAUUUCACUGUUGUACUUGGUCUUAGUCCCAGACAGAUGGAUGAAGUUCAGAAGUUAAAAAGGUAUCAAAGGAAGUUCAAGGUUUCAUCUGUUGGUAGUGCUGUUUAUUUACAUCCAAAACUAGCUUCUUUCUCUGAGAAGUCUGACACGACUGAUGAUAAGAUAGAUGCCAAGAUCGAUGACUUGUUAGACAAACUAGAUAUCAGAGAAGGAGCCAAAGCAAAAUUCUUUCUUAAUUUGUUAAAUUUAUGUGAGUCAGCCGGUGAGAAGCUCCUUGUUUUUAGUCAAUAUCUCAUCCCCUUGAAAUUUUUGGAGAGAUUAGCUGUGAAAUUGAAGGGUUGGCAACCAGGAACUGAGAUUUUUUCAAUCACGGGUGAGUCAAGUACUGAUCAUCGGGAGUGGUCUAUGGAUCACUUCAACAACUCUCCUGAUGCUAGAGUUUUCUUCGGUUCUAUUAAGGCUUGUGGAGAGGGAAUUUCUUUGGUGGGGGCAUCCCGAAUUAUAAUCUUGGAUGUUCAUCUUAAUCCAUCUGUGACCCGCCAAGCCAUUGGCCGUGCAUUUCGCCCUGGCCAAAAGAAGAAAGUAUAUGUAUACAGAUUGAUUGCAGGUGAUUCUCCUGAAGAGGAAGACCAUUCUACUUGUUUCAAGAAGGAAUUAAUUGCAAAGAUGUGGUUUGAGUGGAACAAGUAUUGCGGUAACCGAGAUUUUGACAUGGAAACUGUUAAUGUGAAUGAGUGCAAUGAUCUCUUUCUGGAAAGUCACUUGUUAAGGGAAGAUAUCAGGCUUUUGUACAGAAGGUAGAUGCUGGGGAUAAUGGCAUAGAGCUCUACCAUAGACACAAGUAAUUUCUCACUUUUUUGUGUCAUUAUAGGCAGUUCCCUUGAAAGCGACAUUUAACCAAUUUGAUGCUAUAGAAAUGACCUUUUUUGACAGUUCUUGGUGACUUUUCGCUUGGAGUACAGGAAUCAUCUAGUAGACGCUUACCAUAUACUACAUGAAACUUUUUUGUUGUUAGGUUGGGUCAAACUGAAAGCUCUUUACUAGCAGUUUUCUCUUUUAAGAACCCUCAGCAUUUCAGAUAUAGGCCAUAUGAAAAAGUUAGUUAGAAUUUGAAGCAGAUGAAAGAAUUUCCCUGUAGAAGCUCUAAUGUUAAAGAUAUGGAAUUAAUGAAUGAAAUUUCCAGUUUUUGUUUGAUGUUA